CAGGAGUGCAUCUUUGAUGAGGACUGUGGAAAAGGAAAUUACUGCUCAUCUGCCAUCAUGACAUCCAGAUGUUUGCCUUGCAGAACACAGGAAAUGAACUGUACUCGAAAUGAAGAGUGUUGUCAAGGUCUGUGUGUAUGGGGUCAGUGUGCAAAAGAUGUUAGAAAAGGUCAAAAUGGAACAAUCUGUGAAAAUCAAGGAGACUGCAGUAAAGGAACAUGUUGUGCUAUCCAGUCAAGUUUGCUGUAUCCAGUAUGCACACCUUUGGCUACUGAAGGAAAACGCUGCCAUGACUCCUUAAGUCAAAAUGAGCUGCUAGAUUUAAUUUGGGAAUUCGACCCAGACAGUGCUCUUGAUUACUGUCCAUGUGCAGAUGGUUUAAAAUGUCAAGCCAGAUGGGGAAACUUGUUUUUGACCUGUGAACGUCCUCCUAACAAAGGUAAAGGUCAAGGAAAUAAAAUUUGAAG